AUGCCCGUCCAGUCCAAGCCCAUCCCCGCCCUUUACACGGUGUAUAUCCUCCGUUCCACCGUCCGCCACGCGUCUCUCUACAUCGGCUCGACUCCCAAUCCCCCCCGCCGUCUGAAGCAACACAAUGGCGAGGCUCGCGGCGGUGCUGCUCGCACCUCUCGUCCGAGCUUGCGCCCCUGGGAAAUGGUUGGCCUGGUCUCCGGCUUCCCGGGUAGCAUCGCUGCUCUAAAGUUCGAGUGGGCCUUGAACAACCCGCAUCUCUCUCUACACAUUCCUACCGCUUCGCGCAUUACUGUUUCGACUGGAGUUAAGAAGAAUGGCCACCCCCGCCGACCCCGCUCGAGUCUGGCCUCGAUUCUGUCCAACCUGCAACUCUUAUUAAGCGUUCCGAGCUUCUGUCGCUGGCCGCUGACACUGCACAUCUUCGCAAAAGAUGUCCACGCGGCCUGGCUGACCGCCGUCGCCGACUCGACCCAGCCCCUCCGGAACACCCUCCCCGUUGUCACCGACUUCGCCCCCGAACCCUCCGCACCUUCGGACGAGACUGCCGCGCCUUGGGGCAUCCAUGCCUUGCCAUUGGACUAUGCACCGGCGAAGGAAUACGUCGAAAAGGGGCAGUCCAUCACGACUUUUGAGAGGGAAGGCAGCUGUGUUGUCUGUCACGAAGAACUACCUCAUGGCCAGGGUCUGAUUGCUAUCUGUCCCAACAAUGGUUGCGAGGGCGUCGGCUUCGGCCACACCAUCGCUGCAAUGGUGUCUGUCUCUACAGCAAGCGGCGCCAACGGCACCGGCAGUGCGAAUGCGAGCUCGCGAGCCUCUCCAGCCGUCGGAGCGACCGCCUCGGCCAAGUCCAAGGCCGCCCAGGUCAACUCCAACGGCUACCACCCGACGAACCCCCAGAUCCCUCUCAGUUCUAUGCGAAGCACGCCGCUGGACCUGGCCUCGGUCGAACGACGAGGCCAGCCUACCGCCAUCAAGGAGCCCGUCAAGAAGAAGUCUCGCCCCCACGGCCUCGAGGAUGCGCCUACAUACUGCCCGACCGAAGAGGAGUGGAAGGACCCGAUGGAGUACAUCAAGAAGAUCUCUCCGGAGGCACAGAACUACGGACUCUGCAAGAUCAUCCCUCCCGAUUCAUGGAACCCAGAGUUCGCUAUUGAUACAGAGAGAUUCCAUUUCAGAACGCGAAAACAGGAGUUGAACUCGGUCGAAGGCAGCACGCGAGCAAACAUUUCGUACCUCGACGCGCUCGCCAAAUUCCACCGGCAACAAGGAAACAACCUGCAUCGCCUGCCCUACGUCGACAAGAAGCCCCUUGACCUGUACAGGCUCAAGAAGGCGGUCGAGGCUCGGGGCGGCUUCGAUAAGGUCUGCAAGUUGAAGAAGUGGGCUGAGAUUGGCCGCGACUUGGGAUAUAGUGGCAAAAUCAUGUCGUCGCUUUCCACCUCACUCAAGAACUCAUACCAAAGAUGGCUUUGCCCGUAUGAGGAGUAUCUCCGCCUCGCCAAACCAGGUGUGCACCAGCAACUGGAGCUCGAGAACGGCGGCCCUUACACACCAAGCCCCGCCGUGACGCCCAUGAAGCGUUCCAACGUCAAUACGCCUGCCAGUGCCCGUGGCGACUCGCCAGCUCGCCAGGCGUCCGACGCCCUUCAAGCAAGUAUCAACGGGCUCAAAAAGGAAGGCGAUCGGGACACUCCCAUGGCGGAUGCACCACCUGCUUCGGCGCCCGCGCCCACCCCUGCGCCGGUCACUUCAGGCUUCAGAGCGAUCAACUCUGGCGGCUUCACAGCUGUCAAUUCGGGCUUCAAGAGCGUCAACCGCCCAACACCUCAAGAUGAUGCCACAAGCACUCCUCAAAAGUCCUUCAGCCCUCUCAACUCCGCCAAGGCUACGCCCGAGUACAGACCCUCGAGUUUGGGUCCCGCAGCCUUGAAGCGUCAAAUGAGCUGCGAUAGCCUCGAUUCAGCUAAGAAGGACAAUGGCGCGGACAAGGAAGACGCCGAUGGUGGAAGCAGACGAAGUAAGCGUCUCAAGAAAGAUACUGUUCCUACGGUGGCCGGAUCUCACAUGUCCCUGUUCCGACCGUCCGUACCCAGCAUUCCCCGAGAUGAAGCGUCGGCCCCUGGAGAGAAAUGUGAGCAAUGCGGCAAGGCAGAAGAGGGAGGACCCUUGAUUGUCUGCGAAUCGUGCGACCACGCUUACCACGGCACGUGUCUCGAUCCUCCUCUCAAGCACAAGCCCGAGUCCGAAUGGAACUGUCCACGAUGCUUGGUCGGCGAUGGCCAGUAUGGCUUCGAGGAAGGCGGCCUUUACUCUCUCAAGCAGUUUCAGCAAAAGGCUGCAGACUUCAAGCAGGGCUACUUCGAGAAGAAGAUGCCUUUCGACCCUGUCCUCAACUGUCACCGCCCUGUUACAGAGGAAGAUGUUGAGACCGAAUUCUGGCGCCUUGUUGCCGAUAUCGAGGAGACCGUCGAGGUUGAGUAUGGCGCCGACAUUCACUGCACCACCCAUGGCUCUGGCUUCCCCACUGUUGAGAAGCAGCCCAACAACGCUUACUCGACUGACCUCUGGAACCUCAACUUGCUGCCGCUCCAUCCCGAGAGCUUGUUCAGACACAUCAAGUCGGAUAUCUCUGGCAUGACGGUGCCAUGGGUCUACGUCGGCAUGAUUUUUUCGACCUUCUGCUGGCAUAACGAGGACCAUUACGCCUAUUCUGCCAACUACCAGCAUUUCGGAGCCACCAAGACAUGGUACGGUAUUCCGGGUGAAGACGCCGAGAAAUUCGAGGCUGCUAUGCGUGAGGCCGUUCCUGAGCUCUUCGAGACGCAACCGGAUUUGCUGUUCCAGUUGGUCACUCUUCUCACCCCCGAGCAACUGAAGAAGGCUGGUGUGCGAGUGUACGCCUUGGACCAGCGAGCAGGACAGUUUGUCAUCACUUUUCCCCAGGCCUAUCAUGCCGGCUUCAACCACGGUUUCAACUUCAACGAGGCUGUAAACUUUGCCCCUUGCGACUGGGAGCCAUUUGGCCUCUCUGGCGUUGAGAGACUCCAGGUAUUCCGCAGGCAGCCGUGCUUCUCGCAUGACGAGCUAUUAUGGACGGCUGCUGAGGGCACGACUAACGGCGGCCUCAACAUCCAAACCGCAAAAUGGCUGGCACCUGCCCUCGACCGAAUCAAGAAGCGGGAGAUGGCAAACCGAUCUGACUUUGUGGCCAAGCAUCUCGAGCCACAGUGGCACAACUGCGCUCUUUCGGGCAAAGAGGAGAGCUCCUGCCCUCUGAAAUUCGAGGUCAAUGAGGAGAAUGUGCCCGAGGAGGAGUAUCAGUGCUCCUACUGCAAAGCUUUCACAUACCUGUCUAGGUUCAAGUGCCUCAAGUCGGGCAAGGUUCUUUGUCUCGCGCACGCUGGUCACCAGCCAUGCUGUGAAGUGCCCGAGCAGCAACGAUUCAAUGGCGAAAGGCAUGCCGUCAUUUACAGACAGACCGAGGAGACCAUCAACGAGGUCUAUGAAAAGGUGCUUGAGAAGGCCCGCACGCCGGAAGCCUGGGAAGAGAAGUAUGAGAAACUUCUGGAAGAGGAGGCGAUCCCUUCUCUCAAGACUCUGCGGACUCUUCUACACGAGGGUGAGAAAAUACCCCAUGACCUGCCCUCGCUCCCUUUGCUUCGGGAAUUCGUCGAACGAUGCAACGAUUGGGUGGAGGAGGCCACCAACUACACGGUCCGGAAGCAGCAAAACAGGCGCAAGAGCGAAAAGUCCAUCAACCGAAAGAAUUCGCUGGACCAGAAAGAACGAGAUGCGCGGAAUGUUUCCAACGUGUACCGCUUGCUUAGUGAGGCGGAGCAAAUCGGAUUCGAUUGCCCUGAGAUUACCCAGCUGAGGGAGCGGGCCGAGGCCAUCGAGGCCUUCCAGAAGAAUGCAGCUAAAGCGCUGGAACAGAUCCACCUCGCCGAACUCUCAGAAAUCGAAGACCUACUUGAGGAGGGAAGGACUUUCAACGUCGACAUGCCCGAAGUCGAACGUCUUUCCCACGUUCUGCAGCAGCUUAAGUGGAACGAGAAGGCCAGGAAUAACAGAAUCGUGCUCCUGUCGUUGAACGAAGUCCGCGAGCUCAUCGAGGAAGGCAAGCGCCUGGAUAUCCCGCCGUACAACGACCAUCUGUCACACUACAUCGAGCAGAUGAACGCUGGACAACAAUGGGAGAAGAAGGCCAGGGAGCUGAUCAACGCAGAGAUCGUCCACUACCCUCAGCUGGAGGCACUGUCCAUGCAGGUCACUGUCAAUUUCCUGCCCGUCUCAGCCGAGACCUUGGCUGCUGUGGACCAGAUUCUCCACAAGCAGAGAGAGGCACACCGGCAAAUUGUCGACUUGACUGAGAGAUCGCGAGACCGCGACAUCCGCAACCGACCCAAGUAUGCCGAAGUGGCCGACAUCAUGCGCAAGCUGGAUGACCUGAACUCGAAACCAAACGGCACACUUGACCUGGAGCGUGAGCAGAAGCGUCACGAAGACUGGAUGAGAGAGGGCAAGAAGUUGUUCGGCAAGACCAACGCGCCCCUUCAUAUUCUGAAGAGUCAUAUGGACUACGUCUUCGAGCGUAACCAGGACUGUUUCGACAUUGAGAACGACAAGCCCCGCAUGCCUGCCGAACCGGCCUCCAGAGAAGCCAGCCCUGCGGACGAAAGGGUUCACCGGUGGGAGGACCCCCGAUUCCGGGAGGUCUUCUGUAUUUGCAGAAAGGUUGAGGCUGGCAUGAUGAUUGAGUGUGAGCUUUGCCACGAAUGGUAUCACGGAAAAUGCCUCAAGAUUGCUCGCGGCAAGGUCAAGGACGAAGACAAAUAUACCUGCCCCAUUUGCGACUGGCGAGUCAAGAUUCCGAGAGACGCUGCACGACCCAAACUCGAAGAGCUUAUUGCUUGGUCCGAUAAGAUCCCAAGCUUACCGUUCCAGCCCGAGGAAGAGGAUGUCUUGCAGAAGAUCAUCGACAAUGCUCAGGAAUUCCGAAACCAUAUCGCUUGCUACUGCAAUCCCCUCAUGUCGACCGAAGCUCAGGCGGAUACACAGCGGUUCUACCUGCGCAAGAUCGAAGGCGCAGAGAUCUUACUCGCCUACGAGACCAAUUUCUUCCGGCAAGAACUGCACAAAUGGUGCCCCGUUGCACCGAACGCACCGCCGGUACUCGAGGUCUCGAAGAGCACCCGCAAGCCGCGACCGACGAAACUGCAGAAGCUCUUGGCACAGUUCGGCGUGGAUGACGCUGAAGACCUCCCCGAAAACAUGAAGGCCAAGGCGGCCAGUCUGAAGCGCAAAGCUCAGAAUGCUGAGGCGGCCGCUCAGGCGGCUGCCCAAGCUGCGGCGAGCUCUGCAUCCGGUGCCACUGUCAUACCGGGUCUUCAUCAAUCGUACAACCGCAAGUCGGAGCACUCGUCUGCUACGCCGCCUGGCACCUCCCACGGCAACCCUCAUCGCCAGUCGAUUGGCAGCAAGGGCGACCCCAUGGACGUCGACAACGGACCAACUUUCCACGGCUUGUUUGGCGGACGCGGCCCUCAGCUCGUGGGUGAUAACGCGUCGAUGUCUCUUGAAGAGCGCCUCCUCCAGGGCCAGGAAGAUGGGCUUAACCUGCACACCGAGGCUGGGAAGAGUAAGGCUCUCGAAAUCCUGCGUCGCACUGAGGUCGGGCGCAGACGUGCCGUAGAAAUGUUCGGACCCGACGUGUUCAAGGGGGAUGUCGGCAUGCUUAACGGCAGAGACGACGCACCCAGAUCUCGGGAGGAGGAAGUGGCCGUCAACAAGAUGUUUGACGACCUGACGAAUCAAGACGAUGAGAAGAAGGAAGCGUUCGACGGUCCGAUUACAGCCGAAAGCCUGGAAAGCGAGCGAAAUGGCAUGGAUGCCUUGCUUGACGGUGACUAG